AUGGACGGCAAUAGACGCUGGCGCAAGAAGCCUAAGGCCACCAAGUGCGAGUCCGAAGGUGACCCACAAAUCUCUCUUUCCCUCUCUCUCUCUCUCUCUCUCUCUCUCUCUCUCUCUCUCUCUCUCUCUCUAUCCCUCAACUCUCCCUGGGGUUCUUCUUCCCCCAAAAAACAGAGGUCAGCAGCGCCAGGUGGGAGGCCAUCGACAUGACGGACCAAGAAGAAGACCUCAUCUACCGUAUGUACAGGCUCGUCGGCGACAGGUAACUUCUUUGUAGUCCCGCUGAACCCAGUCAAAUCCCGAGUCUCACUGCUCAUCUUAGAGAGAGAAAGAGAGAGCCCCAUAUUGAGGACCACCCUCCUCUUCAUCCUUCCAGGUGGAACCUGAUAGCGGGACGAACCCCUGGCCGGACGGCGGAGGAGAUUGAGAGAUUUUGGCUGAUGAAGCACACACAUGGGUUCGCCUGA